GCCGCAGAAGGUCUGCGUUGUGCGCGCAUGAAACUAUCCAGCUAGCUAUCUGUCAAAACGCAGCAUGAGCUUUAAUGUGAGCUAUCCGUCAGAAACAAAAUAAUAUAUCGGCGCUUGUUAAUUCUUCAAUAGAAAUAACGCCCUUAAAUAGUUAACGGUUUGUAUAGCAGCAAAUAUUAAGUUAUUUAUUGGAAAAUGGAGAAGACCGCUCAUUUUAUCAGAGGAUUCUAUACAUGUGGACAAGCUUUUUGAAGAAAACCUUUCCCCGACGUUUUCCUUUUUGUCCUCUUAGGUUGUCUUGGGAAAAGUUUCAGGCUUUUUUUUAUCUCCAAGAGGCCUAACCAUGAAAUCUAUACUGGAUGGUGUAGCUGACACAACCUUCCGAACGAUUACUACUGGCCUGCAGUACCUCAGUUCCAAUGAUGCCAUUUACGACGAUGCCACCAUAGAUGCCGACUUCACCAAAGGCAUAUAUUCCGCGCAGAAGCCCCUGUCGGCAUUCCGCAGCAAUGCCUUCCAGGGGAAAGUGCCGAGCGACGAGGAGCUCAUCUUCAAAGGCGUCCCCUUCUAUCCCACCAACGUCACCGAGCUUUUCGGCAACAGGAGCGGUGCCACUUUGGGAGGUGACAGUCUCCAGUGUGGGGAGAACUUCAUGGACAUGGAGUGUUUCAUGAUCCUGACGCCCAGCCAGCAGCUGGCCGUGGCCGUGAUGGCUCUCACUCUGGGCACAUUCACCGUUCUUGAGAACUUGGUGAUACUCUGCGUGAUCCUACAGUCCCACACGCUGCGCUGCCGUCCCUCCUACCAUUUCAUUGGCAGCCUGGCUGUGGCUGACCUGCUGGGAAGCGUCAUCUUCGUCUACAGCUUCCUGGACUUCCAUGUGUUGCACAGGAAGGACACCCCCAACGUUUUCCUGUUCAAGCUGGGCGGGGUCACGGCCUCGUUCACCGCUUCGGUGGGGAGCCUCUUUCUCACUGCCAUCGAUCGCUACAUCUCCAUUCACAAGCCGCUGUCCUACAAGCGAAUUGUCACCAAGACAAAGGCCAUCGUUGCCUUCUGUUUGAUGUGGGGUAUCUCAAUCAUCAUCGCAGUGCUUCCUCUGCUGGGCUGGAACUGUAAGAGACUCAACUCCGUGUGCUCGGACAUCUUUCCCCUCAUCGAUGAGAACUACCUGAUGUUUUGGAUCGGGGUGACCAGCGUGCUCUUGCUCUUCAUCAUCUACGCGUACAUGUUCAUCCUGUGGAAAGCACACCACCAUGCAAAACGCAUGAUUAGGCGAAGCUCCCAAAAGAGCAUCAUAGUCUACGCUGCAGAUGGCACCAAGGUGCAGACCACCCGUCCGGAACAGACACGUAUGGACAUCCGACUGGCCAAGACGCUAGUGCUCAUCCUGGUAGUGCUGAUCAUCUGCUGGGGUCCUGUCCUGGCCAUCAUGGUCUAUGAUCUCUUCUGGAAGAUGAACAACUUCACCAAGACGGUCUUUGCCUUCUGCAGCAUGCUCUGCUUGUUCAACUCCACAGUCAACCCCGUCAUCUACGCCCUCAGGAGCAAAGACUUGCGCCAUGCCUUCCUGGGCUUUUUCCAAGCGUGCAGGGGCACCAGUCGGACGUUAGACAACAGCUUGGAAUCUGAUUACCAGAAUGUCAGGAAUGCCAGUAGGGCAGCUGAAAGCUGUGUGAAGACCACAGUAAAAAUAGCCAAAGUGACCAUGUCCAUCUCAACCGAGACAUCUGCAGAGGCUGUCUGAGAGGCCUUUUGUACUUGUGAACAUGGCGGUGACUCACAAGCCCAUAAUCCCUCAGCGCUCCUCUGAGAGUUAUGCGAAUUUUACUUAAUGGUGGUGACAUAACACUGGUAACACGUGGGAAACUGAAAAAAUACAGAGGAACUGUGAAAAAUCAAGACAUGUAUAUUUUACCUGACAAGUACUAGUGUGUAUUAGUACUUGACUAAGUGCCAAAAUGUUUGUUAAUAUGAACUGGGUGAAAGGACUCCUUGUGAAGUGGCCUGAGACAUGGAUUCGUAAUGUUAGAUAGGACAUCUCAUCUUUAUUAGUACGGAGGUUUAGUACUAAUGUUGUCCAGAAUGUUUGUGGUUUUUAAUAGGAAGAAGCUGUGUUUUUACUGUGAAACAAGAUUCUUAAUAAUGGAAUCUUUAAACUUGCAACAAAGAUCGCUCAGUAUACUUCAUUAGCUAUCUUGGCUCAUAAAAUUGCAUUAAUGUAAAGCAUAUCAUGACAAUAUAGAAUUCCAAUCUCUAUGGUGUCAGGAUAGAUCCUCUAAAAAAAGGUUGGCAAAAACAGGAGACGCAACCUCAAUAACUAUAUGUUUAACAGUUUGGUUAUUGAAGAUACUAUGAAUAAAGAUGUCAUUUUUUGAGAAACUUUGCUAAUGUAACUAAACUUGUAGAUAUUUAUUGAAUUAUAUGAAAGGUAUGUGUAACAUUUCAUUAGUGGAAGCACUUAUUUUUGAUUCGAUUUAUGAGAUUAUAUUUCUGAUUUAUGUAUACAUAAAAGAAGGUAUGUACAGAACAUAUAGUGAAAAUAAAGAGAAAUGAUAACCUCAUGGAUUAACAGAAAACAUGCACCACGCAGGCUGUUCCGCAGCUUUUGAUAAUGGCAGUCAAAGGUUACCGCUUUAGUAUUUAGUUUUUCAAUGAAACAUGAAAUGAGGAGACCAGUGUAUGGCGACUGCAGGACAUACCAAUGGGCAAGCCUGAACUGCGUGUGUCGUAACAGCUCCGCAUUUUACUGCAUUUCGACUUUGCUACUUUAAGAUGUUCACAUUGUGUUACAGUAUUUUGUUACAGAUAUAAAUUACCUUCAUCCAACAAAUCUCAAAUCCAAUAAAUUACAUUAUUUAGAGGAAAAGUAUUUGAAUUCAGUGUUAUUACAUAGCAUAUUACAGUUUACCUUUUUUACAGAAUUUAAUAGUCCUUCUGAAGAAAUUCAGACUAAGUGUGUAAAUUUUAAAUGUUAAAGAUCUGAAACCCUCUCGUCCAGCUUCUACACCAUCUAUGUAGGAGAUUAAAGCAGCAUUGCAGUAAUCAAACUUGCCUUGUCUAAAGCCAUUUAUGAGGCUAGUUUGCACGCUCAUCUUCUGACACUGGUCAAAUACCUAUUGAUUGUUUUCAAUUAACGUUUAUCUGACUUGGAUGGCAGUGAUGCGUAUCCCUUUAUAAAAAGCAGGAUGUACACAUUAAAGUCAUGUAAACAGGCCAGUCAGAGACCAGUCACACAGACUCACAGAUUCCGCACAAUUUAGAGUGACUGAUCUAUACGCACUAACCUUGAACAGCACCUCCAUGCUUGUAGGAGGAAAGCCUACAGAAAAAUGCUAUAGUAUAGUUUACAUUUCAUGGCUACGCAACAGUAUUAAAAAUGACGUUAGCAUUGUGUUAAUUGGUUUGUGUCGUAAAUCCAGUGUCUGCACAGUGGAUGUUUUUGAUUGAUAGAAAUUUUGUUAUUCUGUGCUGUAAGUGUGAUUACUGUUUUAUGUAUUAAUUUUAACUUUUGUUAGUAUAGUGUGCUGGUCACACUAAUGUAAUCUUUCAAAUCCUAAUAGUGACCAUUUAAAUGUUUUGUGUUGUGGUUGUAUUUAUUAUCUUAUUAUUGUUUAACAGGUAGCAGGCUGGUGAAGUGUUUAUGUAUUGUUAAUGGCUAUAAAUAGAUAAAUAAUGUGUCUUGCUAUCUUGCUUAAAAUUGUUGCAAUUUAUUUUGUUACAGUGAAUUUUUCUACUAUGUACAAAGUGCAAAAUCUUCCCUGGUCCUGGGUUUUGGGAUCAAAUCAGAAACAGGAAUAGUGGAAUAGAGAAAUAAAGCAUUACACAAAAAAAUGUAUGUGAAUUAGCUGUGUUUAUUAACAGCUUCUUAUGAAAUGUAAAUUAAAACAUUUUUUCACACUCCUUAAAAUAAUUAUAUAAUUGGAUACUUACAUUUAAAGAUAAAGAAAUUCUGCUUUCUGCCUAUUCAGCAUGUGAAAACAAUUAAAAUGAUAAGGUUCACACCAUGCUACUGCUGUCCUUCUGUCGGUACUGAAAUUCAACACCUGCUAAGCUUCACACAGAGAAUCCAGUAGGGGGUGUGUUCUAAUUCGUUGUUCAUACUUUCACAGUGCCCUCUUCCAAACCUGUACAUCUUUAAAUAAAGACACAAUUGUCCAAAGUGGAA